AUGGCAACUUCACUUCUGGGGGAAGAACCGAGGCUGGGCUCCACUCCUUUGGCCAUGCUCGCCGCCACCUGCAAUAAGAUCGGCAGCCCCAGCCCGUCCCCCUCCUCGCUGUCGGACAGCUCGUCGUCCUUCGGCAAGGGCUUCCACCCCUGGAAACGCUCGUCGUCCGCGUCCUCGGGCAGCUGCAACGUGGUGGGCUCCAGCCUCGCGGGCUUCGGUGUGUCUGGCGCCGCCCGCACCGGCGGCUCGUCCUCGGCGGCGGCGGCGGCCGCGGCGGCAGCGGCGGCGGCCGCAGCGCUGGUGUCCGACUCGUUCGGCUGCGGCGGCUCGCCGGGCUCCAGCGCCUUCUCGCUCACCUCCAGCAGCGCCGCCGCCGCCGCCGCCGCGGCCGCGGCCGCCGCCUCCAGCUCGCCGUUCGCCAACGACUACGCGGUGUUCCAGGCGCCCGGAGUGGCGGGGGCCGGCGGCGGCGGCGGGGGCGGCGGCGGGGGCGGCGGUGGUGGCGGUGGCGGCGGCGGCGGCAGCGGCUCCUCCGCGGCGCACUCGCAGGACGGCGCGCACCAGCCCGUGUUCAUCUCCAAGGUGCACGCGUCGGUGGACGGGCUGCAGGGCAUCUACCCGCGCGUGGGCAUGGCGCACCCGUACGAGUCGUGGUUCAAGCCCUCGCACCCGGGCCUGGGCGCCGCGGGCGACGUGGGCGCGGCCGGCGCCUCCAGCUGGUGGGACGUGGGCGCGGGCUGGAUCGACGUGCAGAACCCGAACGGCGCGGCCGCGCUGCCCGGCUCGCUGCACCCGGCCGCCGGGGGCCUCCAAGGCUCGCUGCACUCGCCGCUCGGCGGCUACAACUCGGAUUACUCGGGCCUGAGCCACUCGGCGUUCAGCAGCGGCGCCUCCUCGCACCUGCUCAGCCCCGCGGGCCAGCACCUCAUGGACGGCUUCAAGCCCGUGCUGCCCGGCUCCUACCCGGACUCGGCGCCAUCGCCGCUGGCCGGCGCGGGCGGCUCCAUGCUGGGCGCCGGGCCCUCGGCGCCGCUCGGCGGCUCCCCGCGCUCCUCCGCGCGCCGCUACUCGGGCCGCGCCACCUGCGACUGCCCCAACUGCCAGGAAGCCGAGCGCCUGGGCCCGGCCGGGGCCAGCCUGCGGCGCAAGGGCCUGCACAGCUGCCACAUCCCGGGCUGCGGCAAGGUGUACGGCAAGACGUCGCACCUCAAGGCGCACCUGCGCUGGCACACGGGCGAGCGGCCCUUCGUGUGCAACUGGCUCUUCUGCGGCAAGCGCUUCACGCGCUCCGACGAGCUGCAGCGGCACCUGCGGACCCACACCGGCGAGAAGCGCUUCGCCUGCCCCGUGUGCAACAAGCGCUUCAUGCGCAGCGACCACCUCAGCAAGCACGUGAAGACGCACAGCGGCGGCGGCGGCGGCGGCGCGGCGGGCCCCGGCGGCGGCGGCAAGAAGGGCAGCGACACCGACAGCGAGCACAGCGCCGCGGGCAGCCCGCCCUGCCACUCCCCGGAGCUGCUGCAGCCCCCGGAGCCCGGGCACCGCAACGGCCUCGAGUGA